UUCAAUACAGUACUUGGUUAAAUCGUGAAGAACGCUUCGUCACUUCCCAAAUUGGCUACGAAUAGUGUUGGACGCCUGCAUGUUUUUUUUAUGGAAUAAUCUUGUUGAUGUUGAUACUGAUAGCAUACACACUUUGGUAUCGGGAAUUCCCACGAAUUCGAGGACGGGAGGGAAGGAAGGAAGAACUUUCUGAGCAGAAAGAUUGCAUUACAAAACUGCAAAAUGUCGAGUGCUCAUGGCGAAUGGUGUACGAUCGAAAGUGAUCCUGGAGUUUUUACGGAGCUUAUGCGCGAGUUUGGAGUAAAAGGUCUCCAAGUGGAAGAGCUAUGGGGAUUGGAUGAGACCCAGUUUACUGAGCUCAAACCAGUACACGGUUUGAUUUUCUUGUUCAAGUGGGUCCAGGAGCCACCAAAUACUGCGAAACUUCUUAAGGACGGAACUCAGGACAUCUACUUUGCCAAGCAGGUUAUUCAUAAUGCGUGCGCCACUCAAGCCAUAGUGAAUCUGUUGUUGAACACGCAGCAUAGCGAUGUCCAGCUAGGACAGACGCUCAGCUCUUUCAAAGACUUCACUCAAAAUUUCGAUCCCAUGCUGCGAGGACAGUGUUUGAGCAAUUCGGAGCAGAUUCGUGCCGUCCAUAAUAGUUUCGCGCGCAAUGAGGUCUUUGAGACAUUCGGUCGGAAAGCGGAGAAAGAGGAAGACGUGUUCCAUUUUGUGGGAUAUUUGCCCGUGAACGGGCGUAUCGUGGAGUUGGAUGGUCUGGCCGACGGGCCCAUCGAUCAUGGUGAAAUUCCCGCGGGAGAAGAGUGGACCAAAGCGGCCACACCAGUUAUCGAACAAAGAAUGCAAAGAUACAUGGAAGGAGAGAUCCGCUUCAAUCUUCUGGCUCUAGUUAGCGAUCGUAAACUAGUCUUGAAUAGGAGAAUCAAUGAAUUGCAGCAGAAUUAUGAAAGCAUGCCCGAUGAUAAUCUUGUUGUCGAAAUGAACCAUCUCAAGGAGUUGCUCGAAGAGGAAAAUGCCAAAGAUUUGAAAGCUAAGGUGGAAAAUCUCAGACGAAAGCACAAUUUCCUUCCGUUUAUUAUUGAGUUGUUCAAAGCGUUAGGAGAUUCUGGCAGACUGAAUGGGAUUUAUAACGAGGCCGUCAAAAAAGGAACCGAACGUGAGAACAGAAAUAAAAAGUUGAAGACCGGUUCUUAGUUCGAUCCGAUUUGCCGGUGGUUAUGAGACAGGCUUCCAGGAUGAAAAAAGGACUUUUUUGAAUAUAUUGUUGUAUUUACUAAUUACCACUCUUCGAUUGUUUGUUGCAGUAUGUUAGUAAUAAACGCUGUUGGUAG